GAGAGACAUAUGGGGAUAUUACAAUAAACGACAAUUCAAACCUUUUCAUUUCUGGCACCGGAACGGGUUAUUUUGUACCACACGGAACUAAUAGCGUUGGGGACGGAAACAAAAUCUGUAAACAAACGUAACGCUGGUUAGCAACAGUUCUUUAGUGGAUUUAAACACAUGUACACAACGACUGUGUGUGAACGUUAGUUCAGCUCAAAGAAGAUGUUUAAAAACACAUUUCAAAGCGGAUUCUUGUCUAUUUUAUACAGCAUCGGCAGCAAACCACUUCAGAUAUGGGAUAAAAAGGUGAGGAAUGGUCACAUCAAGAGAAUCACAGACAAUGACAUCCACUCACUGGUGUUGGAGGUUGAGGGAACAAACGUCAGUACCACGUAUAUAACAUGUCCUGCUGACCCCAAGAAGACAUUGGGCAUCAAGCUUCCUUUUCUCGUUAUGAUCAUCAAGAACCUCAAGAAGUAUUUCACCUUUGAAGUCCAGGUGUUAGAUGAUAAAAACGUCCGUCGGCGGUUUCGGGCGAGUAACUAUCAAAGCACGACACGAGUGAAGCCGUUUAUCUGCACCAUGCCUAUGAGGCUCGACGAUGGCUGGAACCAGAUUCAGUUCAACCUGUCAGACUUCACCAGGAGGGCCUACGGAACCAAUUACAUUGAGACGCUGCGUGUACAGAUCCAUGCCAACUGUCGAAUAAGGAGAGUGUAUUUCUCUGACAGACUGUACUCUGAGGAUGAGCUUCCGGCAGAGUUUAAACUCUACCUGCCUGUCCAGAACCAGAAAGCCAAGCAGUAGAGAUUCUCAACCUGCACUGUUCCCCCUGACCUGAUGGCCAGGUUUAGCUGUAAGAUUUUCUGCGUGGAGACAUAUGACAAACUUAAAAAUGUUGUAAUAUUGUUAUUUUGGAACUUUUGAGUUUUCAGUGCCGUCUUGUGAUGCUCUCUACACAAUAAAGUUUUUAUGGACUCA